AUGACAGAUAGGUCGGAUCCGGAGAUCCGGAGAUGUGGAUAUCAGAUCUGGCGUCCGGAUAUCAGAUGCAGGAGUACAGGGAUCCGGACGGAUAGAGGAUUGGGUCUGGAGACAUGGACAGGAGGUCCGGAGGUCCGGAUGAGGCGUGGGAACAUCGUCGGAUGUUGGUCCGGAAUGCGGGAUAUGACAGCCCGCAUACUAAUGAUCGAGUCUUAUGUUACUGUGCUAGUUCUUGACCCCACACAAAAGGCAGUUCAUAUUAACCAUUAUUGGGGGGAAGAGUUGCUUCAUGAUGCACUACAAAAUACUGAAUCUAUGGUGUGUUUUCCGCCUCUCUUUGCCGGACUUUUCAUUGACGCUAUCUUCAAGUAUAAGGAACACUAUCUCAAGAUGUAUGGAGACAGCACCAACAGGAUACUGACAUCUGCAGACCUCCAGACAGCUAGCACUGGCAACCACAAACUGGAUGCUUUGUUGGAUGAGCUUUCCAAUGGUGAGGAAGAAGAAACAUUUCAGCAUGCUCCCUCGGCACUGUCCCGCACAUCUUCGAUAUCCAUUUUGGAUUCUGUGGAUCCCUCAAAGCCCUGGCUACAUGAUUUUCACGCUUACCUUAACUCGAAGGAUUAUUUGGGGUCUGCCUUUUGUGAGGACCCUUCCAUCAUGACAGAGGUUGACGAGAACUUAGACAAGCAUGAGAAGGGUGAUGGUGACUUGGGGGAUUCUUGGGACACAUUGGUAGAGGAUGACGAGUGCAUGGAUUCUGAGGAUGGUGAUGUAUUUGUUCAAAUGCUAGAUAUGUUGUAG